GUCACUGGUAACCCAGGGCUUGCUGUUCGGGUAGCAUCAAACUUCUUUUAUGGAGACGGAGUUGUCAAUGCAGAACCUGAUGUGGACGUACGCUUCUGCAUUGCUACUGAGCAGCCCAACAUGACUGGUCUGAAACAGAGGCACCUGGGAUACGAGGAGGAGGGACAGAGGAGUGGCGUAGAGGCUCCGCCCCACUGGUUCCACACGCUGCAGGUCCGGCGGCUGAAGGUCCAGAGGGGCCGAAGCAACAGCGACCCGCUGGGGGGGAAGACCUUCGAACAGGAGUUCCAGUGGAAAACAGGGCUGCCGUUUGGAACAGCCAACUCCUACCUGAACCUGGAGAAGCUCGGGGAGGGGGCCUACGCCACCGUCUAUAAGGGAAUCAGCAGGAUAAAUGGACACCUUGUGGCUCUCAAAGUGAUUCGUAUGAAGACAGAAGAGGGUGUUCCUUUCACUGCUAUCAGAGAAGCCUCUCUGCUGAAAGGCCUGAAGCAUGCCAACAUCGUGUUGCUGCAUGACAUCAUUCACACCAGAGAGUCACUUACCUUCGUCUUUGAAUAUGUGCAAACGGACCUGGCCCAGUACAUGACCCAGCACCCAGGAGGGCUGCAUUCCCAUAAUGUCAGGCUGUUCAUGUUCCAGCUGCUGCGAGGUCUCUCCUACAUCCACAGCCGCAGGAUCCUCCACCGAGACCUCAAGCCCCAGAACCUCCUCAUCAGCUACCUGGGAGAACUCAAACUAGCCGACUUCGGACUGGCCCGUUCCAAGUCCAUCCCGUGUCAGACCUACUCGUCUGAGGUGGUGACGCUGUGGUACCGGCCCCCCGACGUGCUCCUGGGCUCCACCGACUACUCCACCGCUCUGGAUAUCUGGGGAGCGGGCUGCAUCUUCAUGGAGAUGCUGCAGGGGACACCAACUUUUCCAGGCAUGUCGGACGUCUUCGAGCAGCUGCAGAAGAUUUGGGCGGUGGUGGGCGUGCCCACGGAGGACAGCUGGCCAGGAGUGAGCCAACUACCCAAUUAUAAACCAGAAUGGUUCGUCCCAUCGGAGCCGCAGCAGUUCAGAAACGUUUGGAAAAGACUGGCUCAGUUGCCUUACAAGACAGAGGACCUGGCCCAGAGUAUGCUGCUGGUGAUCCCACGGGACCGCAUCUCUGCACAGGACGCCAUGCAGCACCCCUACUUCAACACCCUGCCACCCCCCAUCAUGCAGCUCCGCGACACGCUGUCCAUCUUCAAGGUGCCCGGCGUCCGGCUGGAGACAGAGGUGAGGGACAUCUUCAGCCCCAGUCGCAGGAACAAACCCUCCCUGAUACCCCGGGCCAAAUGCUGGUGA